CCGCGGGCCAAUGGGCGCGCGGGGCGGCGGGGAUCCGGCUGGAACCGGUUGGGCCGCGUCCGGCUCUAUAUAAAACUUUAUAAACACCCGAUUCCAAUUAGUGGGGUCGGGACCAGCGCAGCCCGCCGGGUGCAGCCCCGCGCACCGCUCCCCGCACCGCGCCCGCAAGCCCCCCGCGCCUAGCGCGCCCGGCUCCCCCACCCCCGCCUCCCUGCGCCGCUCCCUCCGCCCCCUCACGCCGCCCAGCGCGCUCCGCUCCCCCUCACACACACACAUACACACACACUCACACACGCGGAGCCAUGCCGAAGAGAAAGGCUGAAGGAGAGACCAAGGGCGAUAAGGCCAAAGUUAAGGAUGAGCCACAGCGGAGAUCAGCAAGGUUAUCUGCUAAGCCCGCUCCUCCCAAGCCAGAGCCCAAACCUAAAAAAGCAGCUCCAAAGAAGAGCGAGAAGGUGCCCAAGGGGAAGAAAGGAAAAGCUGAUGCUGGCAAGGAGGGAAACAACCCUGCAGAAAAUGGAGAUGCCAAAACAGACCAGGCACAGAAAGCCGAAGGUGCUGGUGAAGCCAAGUAAAAUGUGUGAAUUUUUGAUAACUGUGUACUUCUGGUGACUGUACAGUUUGAAAUACUAUUUUUUAUCAAGUUUUAUAACAAUGCAGAAUUUUGGUUUACUUUUUUUUAAGCUAUGUUGUUAGCACACAGACCGCUUCAUUGUUGUGUUCUGGGGGGGGUGGGGGGCAAUGGGGACAAAUUUCUCAAAACCUAAAUUUUAAUAAGAAAAGCUUUUGCCAGUCCCCCAGUUUUUGGAAGAAGGGCCCUUCCUGCAGGGAGGAAGAAGGGAUUCCCCCAUGCUGCGUGUCAGUUAUGUCCAAGUGAACAUCAAAGCUCCCAAGGUGCUAUUGCCUACUCCAAAUCCCAAUGCCACCAAUUCUCCUUUGGUGCCCCCCUGUUCACCCCGAGCCCGUCACUCCAAACCGGAGUAGAACUGGCAUUCCGGGAUGUUCCGCUGUCACAUGGUUCCAAUUUCUGGUGUCCAAUCUGGGAUGUACCAGCUCAAAAAAGGAGCUGCACUUCCUCUUUUCUAUUGUGGACCCUCAGAUACAGAAAUCUGCCUCUCAAGUUUGUUUUCCUCUCAAAGUCAGGGUGGCUUUGUGCAGAGUUGUCAGACAACGCGCGGAUGUGAACGUGUCCACCCUCACUCUAAACUUUGCCCUCUUACAAGUGCAAGCUGAAGAUUCUUACGGUUUUUAGCUACUUCUCCAUUGCAGUAGUCCACAAAGGGAGGGGAGUUUGACAGUUGUUGUAAAAUGUUGCAGAUUGUAGCCCAUGUCCUGCCUAAAUUACCAUGAUUGUUCAUGAAAAGUACCUUUAAUAAAGCUGGAUACGGUUUGGCUUGGACUGUU